AUGGAAGCAAUAACAAUUCCAUCGCCCACUGCCUUUCUUGCUGCAUCACCCGACGCCAAACCCGCCCCGGAACCACCACCGCCAAAGCGCAAACCUACAGCUCCCACUUCAACCAAAGCCGCUGCUGCAAUCAAGAAGAAGACGGGUGCAGUGAAGCCUAAACAGUCCAAGAGUCGCAAUGGAUGUAUAACGUGCAAAGCAAAACGAUUAAAAUGCGACGAAACGAAACCGACAUGUCAGCAGUGUCACAAGAGGGGUGUUCCAUGCGGCGGAUACAAAAAGGACUUCAAAUGGAGGCCAUUCGAAGAGACAACUUUUGCAAACAAGGUGGUGCCGCCAGCCAAAUCAAAAAGAGAUUCUAUGGUAUCAGAGAAACCACCCGAUCCUCCAGGUACAGCUGCAGCUACAGUUACGAGCCCUCCAUCCGAUACAUCUUCACCAGCUGGCGACGAGCCCGAGGCGGAAGCAGAUAUCUCCAUGCAAGAUUCCUUUUUCCACGCCGCAGCGCCGAGUCCUUCAUCUUUCCCACCCCUAUCGGAUAUACAGUUUGACCACUCACCCAUGUUCGAUAUGAGUACUCCUCCAUACCUGCGAGAAUUACCUAGACCGAGAUUUGAGGCGGAUACGGUUACCAAGAGCUUGAGUAGCUUGUUUGAAGAUGCAAAUGGGGGUCCGUCGAAUACGAGUUCAAGGCCCAGUUUCUCAGGACAGUCUCCGAGACUAAUAGACCUGCUUAUCCCAGGCUCGGAGCUGAAUGCGAGGCCGGGGAGUGUUAGUAUGCCUCCUAUGAGUAUAGCAACCAGUAUGACUAUGUCGCCUAUGAUGGAUCACCAUUUUCUACCGCAGAUGGAUAUGCCGAAUGAUUCUAUAUUGGAUGAGGAUGUAGAGGAGAUUAUACGACCACAAAUGUCAGAUGCGGAUAUGUGGAUGUCCCUGAGGGGUCAGCAUUCACGGUCUUCGACUGCGUCUCCCACCAUGACGAGAGACGAUCCGUUCAACAAGAUAUAUCGACAACCAGAGGUCCAAGCUGGGAGUCCAGAAAUGCUGAUGCUUCGAUUCGACAAGCAGACGUGUGGAAUCCUUUCCGUGAAAGACGGCCCUACUGAGAACCCCUGGCGAACAUUAAUCUGGCCUCUUGCUCGCGAUUCUCCAGCAUUAUACCAUGCAAUAGCAUCCAUGACCGCCUUCCACACCUCAAAAGAACGCCCCGCUCUUCGCGUCGACGGGAUGGAACAUAUGAGACGCAGCAUUCGAUCCCUCGCAACGGGCAUCGAGAAGAUGCGUACUGACACCGCGCUGGCCACAACCCUGGUCCUCGCUUUCUCCGAGUCCUGGGACCAACACAUCAGUACGGGCAUCGAGCACUUACGAGGGGCCAAAAUCUUGGUCAAUCAAGCUUUAACUGCCCACAAGAAACGCAACGUCUCAGGCGAUGAAUUUGCGCGUCUGAGAUUCCUGUGUAACACGUGGGUAUACAUGGACGUAAUAGCACGUCUGACAUCCGUAGAUGACGACGAGUACAGCGAUUUUGACCACAUCCUCCCCGCGCUUAACACCUUUACUCCUAAUACCGAGAUCGAUCCCUUGAUGGGCUGUGCAGCUACUCUAUUCCCGCUCAUCGGCCGCGCAGCAAAUUUGUGCCGGAAGGUGCGAAAAGUUGAGACAAAUUCGAUACAAUUAAUUAGCCAAGCUAUCGAGUUGAAAGAAGCCAUCGAACAAUGGUCUCCUCCCCCUGGCUCGGCUUUCGAACGACCGGAAGAUCCAACGAGUGAGAUCCAACAUGCCUUACAAACUGCCGAGGCGUAUCGGUACGCUACGCUGUUGUAUCUUCAUCAAGCAGUCCCUGAGAUCCCUUCUUUCACAUCUGCGCAACUCGCCAAGAAAGUCCUGGUAUAUCUAGCCACAGUUCCGCUGAGUAGUAGACUAGUGAUUGUGCAGAUAUAUCCGCUGCUUGCCGCUGGGUGCGAAGCAUGGGAUAGCGAGGAUAGACAAUGGGUCGAGGAGAGGUGGGGUAGUAUGGUGUCCAGGAUGUGGAUUGGGAAUAUCGAUCGGUGUUUUGAGGUCAUGCAAGAGGUGUGGUCUCGACGAGACAACGAUGCUGCUGAAAAGGCCGAGAAGGAGAAUUCUAGGAGGGGUGGUGUGAGAAUGGUGCAUAGUGAAAGUAGUAAGAGGAAGUUUGAGGAAGAGCUUGCGUUGGAUGAUAUGUUCAGCUUUUCAGAUAUGUUGAACGCAAACUCAACCGGAAGCUCAGGGGACCGCCAGAAACGUAGGAACACUUUAGGCAGCAUAGGAGGAGGGAAAAAGAGGAUGGAGCCGGCAACUGAGGAGAUGGAUCCAGAGCUUACGGUUAGAGGACGUAUGCACUGGGUUGGUGUUAUGAAGGAUUGGGAGUGGGAGAGUGCCGGUGCGGGCGCAGGCCGAGAAGAGCUGGGGAUGAGGGUCGAUGUUGUAGAGAGAUUUGAAUUUGAUGCAUUUGCGUGGUUUGGUGCGGAUAUAGACGUAGAUGAUUGCCCGGGUUUGGAUUUGGGUGCUGGUUGA